GGACCUGCAGCUGUGGCUGGUGUAGAAGACAAUAAGCAGGGAGGUGAAGGCAAGCCAUGCUCUGGAGCAAAUCUGCCCGUCUGUAACAUCUGGGUUUUGAAACAGGAGACUUUUAAUGCCCAUGCAAAGUACACAGGACCUGCGCUUGUUUUGGAAAGCCCCAUGCAAAGCAGCUGUUAUGGAGCUGCCCUGUUCUGGAAACACCAAAGGCUGAGUCAGCCCCGAGGACAUUGUUCAGAGCCUUUUUGUAGGAGGUGAAACCUUUCUUUUUUCCCUGAUGUGCACAGAAAUGAAAAGAUGUAAAAGCCUCUGGAAAAGGAGUAAGAAUACUGGCAUGUGAACACAGCUCACAUGAUUGCAGUGCUGCGAAUUUGCCUCGGUUGAAGCGCUCUUCUCCCUGCCCCCCUGCAAAGCCACAGCUUGAAUUGGCUUCUGCUGAGCAGCACAUGUAACCUUCAGAGGAACCACGUCACCCCCAAUCCGGGCCGGAAAACUAAGGGAAAUUGUGGCUCUGAGAAACUCCCUGAAACUUUUCCUCUAAUUGGAUUGAUUUUUUUUGGCAGGGGGUGCAAAAAUUAUUAGAGACUAACAAGCAUCUGGCAGGGUGGGUGAGUGUAAAGGUCUCUUCUCCAUGAAUGUGUAACUUGGGCAGCUGCGUUGCAUAAGCUGCAUGUAUGGUGCAGGCUGCAGCUCCAUCCGUAAAAACCCCUCUGGAGAGGGAGAAAGAGGAAAAGGUGGUGGACUCAGCUUUGGAAAUGGGUCGCAUGUUCGAUACAGGAAAACUGCAAGUUUGCAGCAGGACCUGGAUGAACAAAGGCUGAAAUAGAGGUGGAGCCAGACCUGUUGGAGAGACCGCUGUGUUGUGAUCUUGCAGGACAUUGCUGGGCUACUUUGCUGUCUGGAGGGGGAACCUGCUGCUUUCACUAGAAGCCCUUUUCUCCUGUCCUACAGGGUCCUGAGGCACUGCUGUGCACUUUGGAGUCUGGAUGGGGGGUGUGAGGAGGCUGGAUAAAGGCUGCAGGAGCGGAUCGUGACUCUCCCAGCAUCACUCCAAUAGGGAGAAGUCCCUGCUGUGAACUGGAGCCUGCAGUUGCAGGCAUGGUACAGCACAGUCUACAGUCUCAAAAGGCAGGCUCUAAAGCACUGACCGUUUCCAAGGAGGAGCCUGCAAAGCUGGAGUCCCCGAUUCUGCUAACUGCAACGUUACAGGCCACCAAAGAGACGUGAAGCUCUGGGGAGGACCUGCUCGCUUCCAGGGACCUGCCAGCCUUGCACGAGGAACUUCUGCUGUUUCCCGGGACUGGCACCGAGCUCCCCAAGCUCCUGAGCAGAGCCUGCUGCUGCUCCGGAUCCUAGUGUGCCACUUGGCCAGAGCAGGACACAUCUGCAUUGGGCAUGAACACAAACAACCACAGAAAUAGGAAUUAGAGGUGGCCCAGGCACACAGCAGGACUUGCAUUGCUCUGAGUUUUGAAACAAGAGGAGGCAACUGCUUUUUGUGUAUUACCUAAGCCACCAUUGGAAAUAGUAGCCAGAAAAUCAGCACUUAAUGAGUUAGCCAUCCCGGUCCUUUGCAUACACAUGAUAUUGUUUUCCUUAUCACAGCAAAAGGGGGAACGCUCACUGUUCACCUCUGAGAUAGUGACAGACUUUACCUGAAACGAUGAGGCCUGGCUGCCUUGGCCAAUUGCAUUUCCAAAUGUUGUGUAGCCACUCAAGGACUUUCUAACAACAGCAACUUCUAGGUGGCUCAGAAAUGUUUUCUGAGUGGAUUUGGAGUAAGUUUUCCUUCCUCUAGCAACCUAUCUACUGUUUUUCAGAGGGGAAGCAAACCCCAGCCAUCUGAUGCCUUCUCCCGGCUCUGGCCCAGCUCUCCUUCUCUCUCCAUCACUGGUAUGCUGAUGGCAGCAGGGAACUGAUGUCUGGUUUGGGACGUCAGGUAGAGCAGAGCUUGUUCCUGCCCUCUGUGCCCUUGCUGGACCAGGGGUCUCGGCCCGACCUUCUGUUCUGAAGCGCGUGCCCUCAUGAAGUUCCUGCUUGAGUGAGGGAUGUGUUUCCUGGCCAUCCCAAUUGCUUCCAAUCCCAGCUGAAAGCCCUGCCUCCUUCCAUCUCUUCGACUUGGGAACCCGGUGUCUAGCAAAGCAUCGUCACUGCUCAGAGCUUGGGGUGGUCCUGUGUGGAGCCACAGCCACUGCAGGCAGCCGGUGACAAAAAACUAGCGGAGUGGUAGCGCAGCUUGCGAGGCUUGGCGUUGCCCUCGGGGCGUAGCCAUCCCCUGCAGCAGCUCUGCUCUUCGCCACCGGCCAAGUGGCCUCUGCUGCUGCUUCGAGGCUUGCUGACAGGGGCUGCGCGGGGGACGCGCGCCCCGGCUAGCGGCACUGCCCGGCCGGCAGCGAUGUAGCUGCCGCCUGCGGGACGGAAGGGCGGCGGGAAGGUGCCAGGCUGCACCAGCGCCCGGGGAGCAAUGGGCCGCCUGGAUGACCACGCCAAGAAGAGGAUCGUGGAGCUGCGCAAAGCCGGGCUGAGCUUUCGCAAGAUCAAGAAAGUCCUAGAGCUGGACAACAUCCGGGUGACCCCGCAGGCGGUGUACCUCUUCCUCAAGCGGAAGAACGUGGAGCCCGGCCGGCCGGCGGGAGCCGUGCUGCCCCAGCCGGCGGGCGACGGGGCGCAGCGCAAGGCAGGGGCCGGCCAGGCGGGCUGGGAGGACGAGCAGCUCUGGACCAUGCUCCAGGAAAAUGAGCCCGAGCAGGACGAGCAGGAAGCGGCGGGUCCCAAGGCCCCCGUGCUGCCCGGCGGAGGUGCCGCGGGCAGCGAGGGGCCCUGCCUCAGCGACAGCCGAGACAGCAAGGACGGCAUCAAGAUCGUCAGCGUGACCUCGCUCUGCAAGGAUGGCGGGCAGUUUGGGAAGCCUGUGCCCAUGGGACUGUCUUCAGGGACCCAAGUGGCCCCCGGGAACAGUGACGACUGCUCCGUGAACCGAUCGAGCGCUCCGGGGAGCUGCCCAGCUCUCCUGCCCCCAGCGGUCCCCCAGCAGCCACUGCCCAACCGAGGGAGGCUCUUCGUGCCCCCCGCCAGGAACCCAGCCCUGAUCGUAAAGAAGAAGAUUGUGGAUAGGGCUAUUCUCCUCCAGAAAAAGGUCAACAUUCAGAAUGGGCAGAGUCUGUCUGGCUCCACGACUGUCCUGCCUUUCCUGGUGGGAGUGCAGCCGGCCGGCCAGCCCCUGCAGCCAAGCCCAGCUGUCCUGACCACUGCAGUGAGCCACUGUGCAAAUGUCAAAGAUGCCAGCACUCAAACUGUCCUGCUGAACGUUGCGGGUCCUGGAAACCAGAACCUUGCAUGGGGGGGACCAAUGCUUCCCCCUGCUCCCAGCCCACACGCUGUUGCCGAAAAGCUGGAUGCUGUACACACAGAGAUCCAGAAACUGAGUCAGGCGAUGCACGCGGUCCUGGAGAGGCAAUGCCGCCUGGAGCGCCAGCAGGAGCACCAGCAGCGGCUGCAGCAGGAGAUGCUGAUGACGCUGCAGCAGCUCAGCUCCACAGUGAGCCACGGGACUGUGCCAGGAAACCAGCCCUGCGUCCCCUUCAGCGGCAUGGCCGAGCCCUCGCCCGCUGUGCCAAACUUCAGCCAGUUCAAGAUGGAACUCAUCUGACCUUGCGUGAUGCCGAAGUGCAGGACUGAAGCGAGAGCAGGGAGGGAUGCCACUGUGGAAGGAUAAAAGUCAUGAAGAAGAGCAGGCUCUAAUGCUUCAGAAGCUGUAUCAGCUGCCUCAGGAUUAUGUCUGGCAUCCGGCAGAGGAAGGUCACUGCUGCAUCGCGUCUCACUCUGCUUCAGCCUUGUCGACUAAGAGGAGCUGCCUGGCAUAAGAGACAGGGCAAUAGAAAGCUGAAGCCUCACUUCUCCCACGCUGCCCAUGCUGGCUGGUACUGGAGUUGGCCAGUUGCCGAUGGACUUCAGCAGCUCAGACAGGCCGGCUACAAGUAGAGGUCAACUAGGAGGGACGCAGCAGGGAGACAGGUCCCCAGGAACAACAUGAGACUUGCUCUCAUGGGAGUUGGUAUUGUGACAGUCAAUCACACGAAUGCUUUGUACCCUCCCCCUGCAGAGCCUUGUUCAGUAAAAAUCUACAUAUGCUGUGGUUCAGAAAAGUGUGGGAUCUCUUCCUCCAUUUUACCUACACAUCCCUCCAGCAGCAACCAGGCUGGAUAGAUUUGAGGCUGCUCUAGCUGCUACCAUGCACAGAGCUGCUCAGGGUGGUCAAGCCUAUGAAGUGAGACCACCACUCUGUACACUGAGGACAUUCCUGGAGGCAUGGCAUCGGCCACCACACAGUUAGGGCUAAACCUCUCUUGUGUAGGAAACAGAUUCUUCAGCCAAGCAGCUCCCAGCCAGGUCACCCUCCCUGCCCCCAAAUUCCCAGCAAAUCUGGAGUCUGGCACGAGCCUUUGCUCCUGUUCAGUGUCCGGCCAGAGCACAGGCUGCGGUCGGAGUCUCACAGGACUGAGUGUUUAAAGGGAUAUGAACUGAGUUGUAUGCUGACAGAAGUCAUGUAUUUGUCUCUCCUCAAACCUUUUCUUCUGUAACUGGCCAGGAUGUCCUCUUGGCUUUGAUUCCCAGCAGUAAGACCUCUCACCUGUAGCGGGCUGCCGAUGGUACAGGGCUGCCCAGGCUGCUCGAGAGAGAUUUCAGGGGUAUGAUGCUGAGAACCCCUUCCUGCACGGAUAAGAAGGGCUCGAGGGGAGCUGAUGCAUCUUCACUGCAGCAGUAGAGUUCAGAGUGACUAGUAACUGGACUUGCCUUCCAGGGGAAAGGACUGCCAGGUGAGGGGACCUCUGUUCAAUGUCCUGCAGCAAAUCUCAAGAAGAGAUGAAUACAACCUUCCUCUGCAUCAGUCAAGAACGCUUCUUUCCUUCUGGUCACCUCCGUGAGCAUAAACUUUGCCUAGAAGAAGCCCCCAGUCUUUUUCUUUGGACUCCUUUAGUUGGAGGCCAAAAUUUAGAAGUGUAAAAAUAAUUCAAGCAUUAAAAAAAAUAUAUAUGUG